AUGUCACAAUGCUUGCCAAAGGCCGUUGCUGCCGACUUAUGUAUGCUUAUGGAUGACAGGCAAGAGUUGGCAGAUCAAAAAUCGCAGAUGCAAAACCUGCAUGUUCUUGCAAACAAAGGGCGCACUUUGCUGGCUCAGAGCUUGGUCGACAUUGCCAAGAUCGAACGAGAAAAGGAGCGUACCCGCCUGUUCCAUGAAGGAGUUCGAGUUGGCAAGUACAAGCCUUCCCUGGCCUUUGGGCAAGCUGAUGGCUGGGAGGGUGGUACUGAAAAAGAGGCCAUCGAACAGCUGAAAGCCAAGCUGAACCAGGAGCUUCUGCGCGCCAUCGAGCCGGACGACGGGGAAAAGGACGCCCAAUCAAACCCUACGGAGGAUCCAGAUGACCCAACAGAGCUUCGAGAAGUGUGCAACCAUCGCGCCGAAUACAUCAGGCGCGAAGAAGCAGCCCUCAAAGAGCGAGAAAACCGGUUGAUGGCCGACAGGACGCUCUAUCAAAAGCAAGUGCUGCUGGCCAGCACUGAAGACCGUUCCCGCUUUAGAUUUUAUCCCAGACUAAAGGACAGAUUUCAACUGCUCAAUGCGAUUGGCAAAGGAGGCUUUAGCGAAAUCUACAAGGCGUUUGAUUUAGAGCAGAUGUGCAUGUGCGCCAUCAAGAUUCAGGAAAUUGAAGCAAAGAUGUCAGAUGCACAGCGGCAGGAUUUGGUGAGAUGGGCCCUUAGGGAAUGCGAAAUACAGAAAAGUUUGCGGCAUCCUCGCAUUGUACAGCUACGCGAGUGCUUCGCUUUGGACAUUAAUGCCUUCGUCAUCGUCCUGGAGCUAUGUCAGGGAGAGACACUGGAUAUGAGACUCAAGAUGCAUGGGCCCAUGCCUGAGAAGGAGGCCAAGGCCAUUACGGUCCAGAUCCUGAGUGGCCUGCGGCACUUGAACGUCUCUGGUCGGAAGAUCAUCCACUAUGACAUCAAACCAUCAAAUGUGUUUUAUGAUGCUGGACAGGUGAAAAUUGGAGAUUUCGGCCUCUCAAAGAUGGCAGACAGUCCAGAGGGCAUGAUCGAUUUAUCGACGCGCGGAGCCGGAACAUCCUGGUACUUGCCACCGGAAUGUCAUGAAUCCGCAUCGCCCACAAUAAACAGCAGUUUGGCUGUCUGGAGCACAGGGGUGGUCUUUUUUGAAAUGCUUUACAACCGUCGUCCCUUCGGCGAGGGCCAGACACAGGACGCAUUCCGGCGUCAGACGGCGGUGGAAGGCACCUUCGAUUUGGUCUUUCCAACAUCGCCCAAGGUUUCCUCAGAAGCCAUCAAGUUCCUGCGCAAGCUUCUGACUCGAGACCGAGAGCAGAGGCCAGAUGUACUGGAAGCCCUUCGGGAUCCCUACAUUCGCAAAUCUUGGAAUGAUCAGUCUGCACGUAGUCGCAAGUCGGACCUGACGAGCCCCAAAGUCUCCGCAACGUGA